GUGCUGCUUGCUACCUUAACAAUAGUUUAGCAUCAUCUUAUCCUUAUCGUCCCUUCCCUCCCUCACUGUGUCAACCCUUUUCUCUUCCCACUCUCACUCUCAUCCAUUGCUUCUUGUAUCACAUUUGUCAAGAAUCAAUGCCCAUUGUAAUCAACAUGACUGCUUACAACUACGAUUACCACCAGCAUCACAAAGACCACAGUGGCAAUACGGCAAGGGAAACCAACGAUCGCGACGAAGAAACGGGAGUGUCGCAAACGCCACGAUAACGAACAGAACAAAGAAGAUUCAACAUUCAGCGAUACAAUGAAGGAGGCAGUCGAGAAUCUAGUAGAGAAGUCACUAGAGCAAUUUACAAGCAUCUUUGAAUCAACAUCCGAAAUUACUGCCGAAGCAAGUCAAGAUUUGAUUGAUAGUUGGGAAGAUCUAUACCAAAGUUACAUCAAUAGGGAUUGGGAGGCUCAGGAUGACGACAAUAAUGAGAGUUCCAAGGCCGAGGUCGACAUCGAGAAUGGGCCUUUAUUUGAGGACUGGAUCAUUACAAGACUUGAAUCCGAUAUUAUAUUCAAAACUAUGGAGGUCCUUCACCACGAUGAUUGGCACAAGCUACACAAGGAUAAGAAAACACUGACGGAAAAUCUGCGUCAAGUUUUCUCGCUGGACAGCAUAUGGGAAUUGUUCUUUUGGCUGGGUCGAAGGACGAUACAAUCUCGAGAUUCUUUACGAAACAUCAAAUCAGUCCAAUCGGAAACAGGUUACACUUUUCCUAUUAUAUUAGAGGCAUUAAGAGCAGCGAGGCUGGUGAGGAAGGGGAAUCGUAAGAAAGGUUCAAGAAACGAUUUGACUUGGUUUCCGAGGGAAGACACAGAGUGCGCAAAGAGGGAAAUUUUGGAAGAGAAGAGAAGGAAUGGUGGGGGAAGGAAGAAGAGAAGAAAGGCGGAGAUUAUGAAAGAUGGAUAUUGGUCAUCGCCUUCCUCGUCGAUUGAGUCGACACCGGUGAGAGCAACGUUAAAGAAGCCAUGGAUAGAAAAUGGGGAAGGGGGGAGCCAAGAAGAUGGAGUGAGAGGUGAAAAAGGUGAAGAGAAUGAACAAGUACGAGAAGUGAGCAAAGUCAGCAUUCCCAAAGUCGUGGAACCAUCAACUUCAUUCAUCGCUACAAAAUCAACCAAAACAUCAACUACAAAGCCAAACUCCGCAGUGAAGUUAAGAAAUCAGGCAAAUCCUUCUAGUCCUCUGACCCCAGAAUUGUCCCGGAAAGCUUCUCACAAUCUAUCUUUCCAUAUACAUUCAUCAUCGCCUGGAUACCCAAUCGCAACAUCCUUGACCACAACUGCAACCCCAGCAAAUAAGAUUGCAGCAUCUGCUCCUUCACAAAUUGUGAAGAGAAGAGAACAUUCUAAUGUUGAUAAAUAUGAAACUCUUGAUCACAAUGAGAAGAGAAACGUUUCUCUUGUUCGCCAAGAUGUUUCGCCCGUGCCAAUUUAUGAUUCAGAUAAUGAGGGGUGGGUUGGAGGAGGAGCAGGAAGCGACAUCAUGAGCGAAGAUGAAUCUUUCAAGCUAGCCGAUCCUUUCAUUCAAAAAUCACCAGGCUGGAAAAUGGCCCGGGCUUCGAACGAGGAUUUGGAAAACGUAUUGAAUAAAGAGAGAGAAAGAGAGGGUAUAGUUGUGGAUGGAUUGAAUGGAGAUAACAAGCGAAAAAGCUCUCUGGCUCACAACUCGGCGCCGGUGGCAGCGGCAACGAGAGAGGAGAGAAUCGAGACAUUAUUACCGUCGCUACAGGAGCGGAACUCAACAUUGUCUUCAUCAUCCUUACCAAGACCACUAUCCCUUCCUUGGACUAAAAACGAGAAGAUAAUCGUCAACCAUAUCGAGAUUGAGGAACGUCAUGUAUCAAGACUUCGAGGUAAAUCAUGGUUGGACGACGACACGAUCAAUGCAUCGAUGUCUAUAUUAAAAACCCAAUCUAAUGAUUCAUCUAGAUUUUCUUUGCAAUCAUCACUACUCCUUGCCGCCUUGGAAAGUGGAAAUUAUUGUUUGACAUGGGACAAAUCUAAUGAAGUGUUCAAUAGGGAUUACACGAUUAUUCCUAUCAAUUUCGAUAAUGUUCAUUGGUAUCUUGCUGUUAUUGUUGGCUUGAAAAAUGUAUCACAUGUUGAUUCUACUUCGACUCCAGCGACUACUACUUCUCAUUACCUUCGUCAAGGCCACCCGACUAUCCUCACAAUCGACACCCUCCUUGGUCAAACAGAUCACAGCAAAGCUGUUAGUCUAUUGCAAACAUGGAUUAUCAAAAGGGCUAAAGCAGAAUUCAAUCUUGAGAUACCCAGAUCAUCUAUUAAAUGGCAGCAUCGAUUCGUCACAUGUCAACAGAAUGGAUAUGACUGUGGUGUAUUUGUAGUCAAACUGUUCGAGCAAUUUUUGAAGUCCCCGGAGAGCUUUUUGAGUAUCCUCUUGUUGGAUUCAGUGUCGGGGAGAAGGGAAAUGUUGGAGAAAUUCGAGAGGAUGUUAUCGACAUCGCAGGAAGGGGGAAGAGACGAUGAGAAGGGGGGGGGCGGAGUAAUAAGGAGAGUGAAGGAAUGUGGUGAUGGGGAUGAUGGCGAACAUAACGUCGGUAAUAAUACUGGUGUUCUUGACAGGAACCGUCUCCACGGACAUGAUGUUGUUCUUGAUGGGAAUCACGGCGAGAACGCUGUUGUCAAUGAGCAUCAUAUUGUCAGUGAUGCUGUUAUGUUAAUCACUAAUCCAUCCAUCCUGAGAAUUAGUUCCAAAUUGAAUCAGAACGAAAUUGGAAAACAUCACAAAUCAGAACACAUCCAAGAAUCAACUAACGAACAAUCAAAUCCUCUAUCAACAUCCCUUCAACAACAAGAUCAACAUUCACAUCAAUCAACUCAUAUAUCCUCAUGGAUGAAGAUACGACUUUCAAAACUUGGCAUUCUCCAGAAAUGUUAUGGACCUGAUAUCAAUUUGCUGGCACAUUCAGUUGGUCAAAAUCCAGAAGAGGAAGAAGACUUUGUAAUAGUUUUGAAAGAGCAAUGGGACUACUUGAUCGCAUCUAGUGGUCUAUCUCUUUUAGAGUUUACGCUAGUAUCUUCACCGUCUCUCAAUACUCAUUGUAAGUUGUUUGUCCUGUUUUAUUUCAAUCGAAAGACCUUUCGCUGUGAGAGCCUUUUGCUUCACUCUGAUAAACGGAUCUGCAUCUCACAACUCCCACAAAAGAGACUUUGAAACCUUCUCUAUGGACGGCAGUGAGAGCAAAGAAAGACGACCAUCAUUCAAGCUAUGCAAUCCCGUCCAAGAAGAAUUAUCUAGCAUCAAAAUCAUCAAAACAAUGGUUGUCUCUAUUCUCAACUAUCUUGAUAGUCUUAUCGAGAAAGCAACGAUAGCAGUCGCAAAUGAGAAGAGAAAACAUUCACGUAUGCAGAAGAUGAGACAAGCUAUCAUAGAGAAGGUUUUGGGAGGCGAUAACGAUGAUAGAUUGGGCGGAGACGAAAGUGAGUUUAGGGAAUUGUGUUUGAAUGGGUUGGAAGGAGAGAUUGAUAGAGGGGAAGAAAGGGUCAACGCUAUAGAAAGGAUGCUGGAGUGUAUUAUAGGGGAAAAUUCGGGAGUGAGAUGUACGAAGGAUGAGGCUGAAGGAGACAAAUAUAGUAAAGGGAAUAUGCAGGUAAAUGAAAAUGGCUGUGGAUAUGAGUAUGAGAAGUGGUGUGCAGUUCUUUGGGGCGUGGAAAAAAUGAAAAGGGAAUUGAAAGAGAUAAUGAAUAGAGAGAAGUUGAAGUAGUUAGUGUGAAUGUUUUGGACAUCUGUAUAUAAUACAGUCAGUUUAUAUCGCUUCUUUCUCUAUGCAUAAUUUUUUAUGUCGUA